UUUCUUUUUUCCCUUUUAUUUAUUUCUCCAUCAUGACUAAAACGACUCAUCUUACUUUACCAAACGAAAAGACAGAAGCAAAGCGAUGGCUUGUUAUAGGAGCAUAUCAAGCAGGAGCCAAUGACAAGAAAAUAGCUCGUCUUUGUGGAUUAAAUCAAUCAGCUGUUCGUCGUAUCAUUUUGAAUUUCAAAAAAACAGGCUCACCAAGCAUACCAAGAGGAUUGUCUGCCAGAGAUAAAUCAAAACCAUUUAUUGAAUAUGAUGAACAAGGUCAUAUCAUUGAUAGUGAAGAAGAAGAAGAAGAAGUUCAACAAAGUGAAUUAAGUAAAAAGAUCAGAGCAAGAAGACCUUCUGCUAAAGAUUUAAUUGCUUAUGUAUUAAACAAGGCACAGCAGAAACAGACUACGUUUGUGAAACAAGAAGAAGAAGAAAUAGUAGUAGAGGAACAUACCAAUAAAUGGCGUCCACCUACCCCUCCACGUGACCCAACCCACCCCCCUCAAGCAACCAAUCUAAAUCACCACAGACGAUCCAUUCUUUCCCCUCCAUUAAGUGAACCCUCCAUUUCCCCUAAACCUAAAUAUGAUACCAUGAUUCGUGGUUAUGAAACAUGGACAAUGGAGGAUGAUAAGAUAUUAAUGGCGCAUGUAUUGACUCGUCUUAGUGGUGGUCGAUGGCAAGAAGUUUCUACUAAAUUACGUAGUAAACAUAGUCCUGAAUUAUGUGAAAAACGAUGGGAAGUCUUGCGUGAUUUACUUGUACGUGGUGCAGAUAAAUCAGGCACAAGAGGGUGGUAAAAAGUAAUAAAAUAAAACA